UUGAUAUGAACUAUACGUAUUUACUGUUGCUGUCCUGCUGCAGGGCCCUGUAUAUAUUUAUUAAAAUAAGUAAGUAAAGAUGUUUAUUGUGGAUUAAUUAUUAUUGUAAUGUGAAUAAAUUUUGUCCUCAAUCAUUUUUUUUUAUUUAUAUUAGUGUGGUUUUAGGCAUCCGAAUAUAGGAAAUAUGGUCGCCACCAGGAAAUCUCCUAGAAAAAGAAAGCCAACAAUAAAGUUCGAGGAAAACGAUAGCGAUUCAAAUAAUAUUUCAGUAGAUUUCAAUGACAUAAAGACUGAAAUUAAAGACGAAGAUUAUGCACAAAAUGUCCUAGAAAAAAGAAAAAGAAAAUACAAUACGAAAAAAUCGUGGCCCUGUAAAAAAUGCGCCGAAGUCUUCAAAACCAUGAAGCUCUUACUAAAGCACCGUAAAGUUCACAACGAGUACCAAGAAAAUCACAGUUUCAAAUUCGAUCCUGUACAGGACCUUUUCAUUUGCACCACGUGUUCGGCAGAAUUUCAACUCGAGGAGGAAGUGAAGAGUCACAUAAAAAAUAAACACGAAAACGAGUAUAAAUGUAAGAGUUGUGGCGAAGCUUUUAAGACGACUUACGAUAUUGCGUACCAUUCCGCGGUGCACGAUCCCGAUCGUAUCAUGACCUGUCCUCUGUGUAGUUACAGGAGUCCUAAAAAGGGUUCGAUAUUGAUUCACAUUAAUUACAAGCACUUGAGGAAGUUUUCUUAUACGUGUGCCAAAUGUGGAAAGGGAUUUAAUGACCAUCUGAUUUUCGAAGAGCACGAGAACGAACAUUUGGGAGUUAAACCGUUCGUUUGCAUUGUUUGCGAGAAAAGCUUUACCUACACUAGAUAUCUAUAUACGCAUCAAGUUCGCACGCAUAGAGCUGGUAUCGAUGGCCAACUGCUCCCAAAUCAGUGUAUGUAUUGCAAUCGAAAUUACAGCAAACCCGAAUCUUUAGAAAAGCACAUGCUCGAGACGCAUUUGAAGACCGGCCCUCACGAGAAGAAGCAUUUAUGCGUCACAUGCGGCAAAGGGUUUUCCCAGAAGAGUAAGCUGGUUAUUCACGAAAGGAUUCAUACGGGUUACAAACCUUACGCUUGUGGACAUUGCACGAAAAGAUUUAUUAAAAAGGACUAUUUGGUAUUGCACGAGAGAACUCACAGCGGCGAGAAACCCUUCUCCUGUGAGUAUUGCGGGAAGCGCUUUACUCAGGGAGCACCGUUGCGAAUCCAUCUGCGAACACAUACCGGGGAGAAGCCCUACGAAUGCACACACUGCAAGAUGAGAUUCGGUUUAAGCUCCCAGUUAAAAGUUCACAAAAACUGUUUGGGUGUUGCCGAGUAUAAUAAAUAGUUUUUUUUUUCAAUAAGUUGCAUUUGGGAUAUUAAAAAACUGUUAAUCGAACCGAAAUGAAAUAUCUUUAAUAUUUUUAAAGAAUGUAUAUCAUCAUUAUUUUCAGCUUGUUCAACCAUUUUCAUUAUGGUGUCCCUCGCAUAUUUAGAUAAUCCCUUUGUAGUUGGCCCCAUUGUUGUUUAUUGUUGCACUGAAAAAAAGGAUCUCUCAGUCGAAAUGAAUAUAACUUUGACCCAAAAGA